AUGGAUAUGUCAGUUUUGCGAUAUGGGUCGAUCUGUAGUAUGGCGGCUAUUUGGUUUGUACAACUUUAUUGAUAAAAUGUGAUUAUACUGUGAAAAAAUACCGGGAAAUUUGUAUUGAUGACUAAGUAAAUUACUUCUGACAUCUAAAAACUUUUCAAAUGUGGAAACGCGUGCAAAUGGGACUCAGAGCAUUUUUGCUUCUGGCGUCCAAGAUUUGGAAUUGUUUGUGCUUUAUAGUAAAGAAACAGACAAGAGCGAUCAUUCAGCAUCAGUCAGUUAAAUAUGAUUUGUUUCCAUUAUCUCCACUAUCAAGGCAUCGUCUAAGUAUAGUAAAAAGAAAAACAUUAGUAUUAGAUUUGGAUGAAACAUUAAUUCAUUCACAUCAUGAUGGUGUAGUUAGACAGACUGUGAGACCAGGGACACCACCCGAUUUUGUUUUAAAAGUUGUUAUUGAUAGACACCCAGUGAGAUUUUUUGUCCAUAAAAGGCCUCAUGUGGAUUUCUUUUUGGACAUUGUGUCUCAGUGGUAUGAUUUAGUGAUCUUCACAGCAAGUAUGGAAAUAUAUGGAGCUGCAGUGGCAGACAGAUUAGAUGCAGGAAGAGGAAUAUUACAAAGAAGAUUUUAUAGACAGCAUUGCACACCUGACAUGGGGUGCUACACAAAAGACCUCAGUGCAAUCUGUAGCGAUCUCUCUAGCAUAUUUAUUUUGGACAAUAGUCCAGGUGCAUACAGAGCAUAUCCAGAUAAUGCAAUACCUAUAAAGUCGUGGAUUUCUGACCCAACAGACGUAGCUCUGCUCAAUCUUCUGCCAGUAUUAGAUGCACUGAGGUUUACAGCAGACGUGCGGUCUGUUCUGUCUCGUAAUUUACAUCUACAUCGCCUUUGGUAAUAAUAGGACAUCAAGUACCUAAUUACAAUUAAUUUUAUAGAUCGUAACUUUUUCACCAGUACCAGCAGAAUAGUGUAGAAUAAUAUGAAAAUUCCACAUUCUACAAUACUUAGCUGAAUUUGUAGUGGUUAUUUUUUGAGUUUCUUUUUCAGAGUCGAAUGUAUUUUAAAAAUACAUUCUGAGUCUUACAAGUUUGACUGUUGUUCUCCUUGUUCGACAUUUUAUGUUUGUUAUUCGUGUUUUUGAGUAAGUUUUAAUUAUAAUUCGUUGUUAGUCUACUAUUUAGGCUUCGGAGCCGGUUGUGAUUUUUGACAAUAAGGUAUUUUUAAUUAAGUAUUUAUUGUUCUUUUCUUGUUAUAAAAAGCAAAUCUGCCUCAAUAUUCUUUUCUUAAUUUAUUAAAAAAAAGAAAAAAAAAUAAGCUAGUGCCUUUAACUAUUUAAUAAAAUGAAUUGUAUGAGGUCUAGUCAAUGCAAAAUCUUAAUUUUUAACUUAAAUUGUUUUCGUGUAUCUGUUGAUUUUUGAAUUGUAUGCAUUUCUUUGUAUUUUAGUAGUGUUUUUGUAUGAUAUAGGGAUUUGAAUGUAGAUAACAAAGUACCUUAUUGUCUCGUCUUAAUUUUUUCAAAAUCUACUAACAUCUUACAACUUGUUUUACAUCGGCAUCGUCAGAAAAAAGCAUUGUAUUCACGUUUGACCUUUUCUAGUGUAAAAUCGGUCUAUUUUGCCAAAGAACGUUCGUUGUUUUUUUUAUGAUUCUUAUUGUGUUUUGAAUUAAUAAACAAAAAUUUGUUUGAUGAUAUAUUUUCUGUAUCAGAAAAUAUGUCCCGAUGUGUGUGCCAGAGCAUCUAAUAAUAAAUAACCAGUUUUCUGAUGGUGCUAACUAAAAUUAUUUUUCAUCUGCAAGUGAACUUAGAUUUUGAGGACGUUGCACUUGUUAUCAAGGCAAUUUUAUGAGCACCGUGUAUAUAUGUUAUUAGAUAAGCUCUGGUCUGCACGAUUAAUGAAUUGUAAAUACGUUAGCAAGUACAAGAAUAAAAAAAGAAUAGUUAAGAAUUAAGUAAUGCAAACCACUUGUGUACAUAAAUAGAAAAUAAUAAACGUUUUUGAAAUAA